UGUUGAUGAUGUAUAUAAAUCGAGGAGAUGUGUCGAAGUCAGAGCUUCUGGCAAGCUGGACAUCCACAAGUCAUGGCUUUCUAAAAUCUAUACUUCACUUCCCCACCUCUCUGGUUUUCCUUGAUAAAAAGAUGCUGAAGGCAUGGAAAUGGUACCAGCACUGUCUAUCUUCUCAUCCAGUGAAGACCCAAAUUGUCAGUUCGGGAACCCUUUGGGGCAUUGGUGACAUUGGUGCUCAAUACAUCACUCACUCUACGGCUACCAGCCUUCUUCCAAAAUCUCAGAAUGAGGGUGCAGAAUUUAAAAUCAAUUGGAAACGUGUAGCUAUCACAAGCAUGUUUGGCUUUGGCUUUGUUGGUCCUGUUGGCCAUUUCUGGUAUGAAGGCUUAGACAGGUUUAUAAGGCUGAGAUUUCUACUGCAACCAAAGUCACCUCGAUUUGUCGCCACUAAAGUGGCUGCUGAUGGCAUAAUUUUUGGGCCCUUCGAUUUGUUUGUGUUCUUCACUUACAUGGGUUUUUCCACGGGCAAGAAUGUUGCUCAGGUGAAGGAAGAUGUGAAGAGGGACUUCCUCCCAGCCUUGAUCUUGGAGGGUGGCGUGUGGCCAAUAUUUCAAGUUGUGAAUUUUCGGUAUGUGCCUGUCAGGUACCAACUCCUCUACGUCAAUGUGUUCUGCUUGAUAGAUAGUGCUUUCUUAUCCUGGAUUGAGCAGCAAAAGGAUGCUCCAUGGAAGCAGUGGUUCACAUCUUUUCAGCCUUUGAAGGAACGAGGAGGUGAGGUCUGAUUAUACUGUCUUACUUAGUUACCCCCUACUUGUAUCAUCUCUCAUCAGUGAUCAUAUUGGUAAAUUGCAACAAAAUACAUGUGUAACAUCAAAUGAGAAUUUUACAAUCAACCACAAAGUGUCCAUUUGAAACUUUAGAAGUUAGGAUUUGAGACUGGAUCGAUUGGUUGUAAUUGUGAGGGUUGGAUCAAUUUUUACCCCUAAUGCAAUGGAAACAAAACCAAGCCCGAGUUUUGGAA